UCAGAUUCGUGUGCAGGAGGACAAACUGAAAUCAUUGCGCAUGCGUACAAACGAGAACCCAUCCACCUUCUUUGCAUCCAUGAGAGAGACGCUUGGUGUUUUGCAGAUGCUGAAAGUCAAGAAGGAGGACAGAGAGGUGUGCACACUGAUGCUAGAAGGACUAUUCCACGAAUACAAGACUUUGCGUGAGACUCUUGUAGUGUUUUGCCCGAACGAUCCUGCUUUCAUCGAGACCAACGUACGUGAGCGUUACCUAGACUUGCAGACACAGACUGGUGCGAAGAAGCACAGCGCAGCUCUUGUGUCUAGAGCAGAGAGGAAGAGAAGCCGGAAGCCAAUUCACGCAAAGCCGAAGUCUCGCCCUGAAUCUGAUUCCUCCAAGAAGAAGACGUUUCAGGGAACGUGUUUCAAGUGUGGGGAGAAAGGUCACAUGAGGACGGACUGCCUGGCUCGUGUGAUCGCUCAUCCCUCCCAGACUGGGAAAUCCGAGAACAGGGAGGAUAAGACCGGUCCGUGAUGGAGGAUGAGGGGGCAGGAGAUGUGCCGUUU